CACCUCCUCAGAAUUACCCACCAUGGUCCCCAUUCACAGGAAUCCUUCUGUUCUAAGGCACCUCCAUCGAAGGGCAACCGCUACAUGGAGGGUACCACUAGAUCAUGCGGGCUUCCGUAGAUUCACCGUCGAGACAAAGAAGCUAGGAAGCGUCGGGCGAGUCAUCCAUGAUGCUCACCCCUCAGCCCCCAGGCACCACUACGGCGCAAUCGUCGUCGGCGGCGGCCCCGCCGGCCUAGCCACAGUUGGAACCCUCCUCGACGAGGACGUCAAACCCAUCCUAUGGAUAGACCAUGAAUUCCAAGGUGGCCGACUCAACGCGCAAUACAGGGAGGUCCCAAGUAACACCAAAGUCUCCCUCUUCAUCGCCUUCGCGCGCGCCACAGCCGCCUUCCGCAAGAUCGCAGAUCAAGACCCCACGCCCCCGGCCUACGCGGCGCUACAGGCUAUGGACCAGGACACCGGGUGUGACCUCGCUGCCGCGGGGGAUAUGUGUGUUGAGCUCACGGCGGGAUUAGGGAGGGAAGCGGAUGUGGUUAUGGAGUACGGACAUGUGGAAGCUGGGUCGUUGAAUCAGGAGGGCGUGUGGAGCGUUACUACGCGUCCGACUGCCGCCGGACAGGGGAAGCAGGUUGGCGCUCCCACGACGCGUCUUCUCGUCCUUGCAACCGGAGCGCGUCCGCUCCCGCCGCGGCUGCCGGAUACGUAUACCCAUCUCUCGCCCCUACACCUCGACACCGCGCUCAGCCCCACGGCGCUGGCGAAGGCGCUACCCCGGAAUCGGGACGUGAAAAUUGGCCUUGUAGGCGCCUCCCACUCCGCCAUCCUCGUCCUACGGAACCUCUACGAGCUAGCGCGAAGCACACACCCUGGGCUGCGCGUGAAGUGGUUUAGUCGGCAUCCGCUACGGUAUGCGGUUGACAAGGGGGAUUGGAUAUUGAGGGAUAAUACUGGGUUGAAAGGUGAGACGGCUGUUUGGGCGAGGGAGAAUCUGGAGGAGGGGGUUUGGGAACAGAGUAACGUGAAAGAGUAUGUCCGGAAGAUUUUCACGACGCCGGGUGAGGGGGAGAAGGUGGCGUAUGAGAGGGAGCUUGGGGGGAAGGGGGUGGAUAUGAUUUGUGAGGCGGUUGGGUUUGAGAAGGGGGAUUUGCCGAGGUUGGAGAGGAGGGCUGAGAGGGCUGGGUUGGAGGGGGAGGGGAUUGGGAGGAUUGAGGCGGAUGGGUUGACGGGGGGGCUGAGGGAUGAGUUUGGGGAGAUUAGGGGGUUGAAGGGGGUUGGGAUUGCGUGGCCUGAACGGGUUACGGAUAAGGAGGGGAAUGUGGAGAGUUCGGUUGGGUUGUGGAAGUUUAUGAGGUAUUUGAAGAGAGUUGUUCCGGAGUGGGCGAGGGAAUGUAAAUAGCGGAGGAGAAGGUAGGCUUUAGUUGUAGCAUUUACAGGAGCUUCCAAUUUAGACGUGUAAGUUGAGAGAUUAAAGGCGAGGGAGGCUGUUCAUACGUUUCGAAG